AGAUUCUCUUGUUCGUUUUGCUCGUGGUGCUAUUUGCGAUUUUGAGAAUGAUGAGCGUUGUUCUCGCCAGAUCUUCGGAUGGAGAUGAAGAAAUGACAGAUGGCAGCACCUUUGCCGAUAUCUGGAGUGCCCUACAGGAGACCAACAGCAAUUUGCAGAAAUGCAAUGAGAUCAUCAACAAAUUUUACUUCGAUACCGACACCAAACCAAAAAGAAUGGCCGUUGCCCAUGAAGAAGCGACAUUCACCCUGAGUGAAAAUUCUACUCUGAUUGGCGUGGGUUGCAUGGAUCACAGCUGCCAGACCAAGCAUCCACCUGAAAUGUCGCUUGAAAUGACUGAAAACAAUAGGAGUACAGAGAAAAUUGAUUCCGACAAGAAGCGCUCCAUAAAGGUGCAGAAUAAUGCGUCCGCCGCCGCCAGGCCCCAGCCGCCGAAGACGUCGGCAAGAAAGCCGAAGCCAAAAAGCGGCAGAAGAAGCAAAACGGUGGCCAAGCUGCGCAAGCGGCUUUCCGCGCUGAAACGUGAGGUCAGGGUGCGUGACCUGAGACUCGGCCAGCUGGAGGGUGCGGUCGGCGCUCUCGCCGACCUCAGCACCCGUUCUCAGCGUGCCUACUAUGUGCUGCUCCACGAAAUCGCUCGGCAACUGUUUGAAACAGCCGACCUGCUACAAGUCGGUGGCUGCGACCCCUCAGAUAGUCCAGCGCCAACGGCCUCUUUGGCGCCAUGGUUUGAGACGCUUUAUUUGCUGUCACGCAGAAUCAAACAGAGGCUGCUGCAAAGUCGGCCAACCACAGGAACGCCGACGCAAAACGGCUCAUUGGAAAUCAGGCUGACUGAAAUUAUGAGCCGGCUGGAGACCAGCCUGUCCUUCUACCCGCGUGGAAACGCAAACCGAGAUUCGUAAAAGAGGAUGCGAAUGGGAUUUCUGCUGCAAUUUUUUUAAUUCCAGGGGCCAUUUCACCCAUUAAAACAGUGUUGGGAAUUAGUCCAAAAAAUCUCUCUAUAGCUUUCACUAAACAAAUUCUAUGUCGAAAAAUUUAUUCCGGGCAAAAUACCAUUCAAACGAAAGAGCAUCCGUCCCCUUUUUUGUCGAAAAUGAAUUCCCUACUUUAAAAUAUGAGUCUGUUUAAUUUAAUUUUAUUUGUCACAUAAUUGUAAUGCAAAAAUGCUUUUAUACACAAUUCUAUUUUCCAAAAAAGGACCGUGUGAUCCAUAUUCGUUAUUUUGAAAUAAAAAGUUAAA